UUUAGAUUGGUAAUUAUUUGUUUGUAACGUUAACAAUGGGUUAACGCAUAAUUAAUUUGUAAAUGAUUAACCUCGUUUAGAUCUGUCAACAUAAAUGUAAACAGAUUUCAACGAGUGGCGAAUGGCGCCAAAGCCUCCACCUUCCUUCAUGUUUUGAUCGUUGGUUGACACUCGUCUCUUCUAUCGCUCGAUACGAAGUCGCGCUCCCCCGCUAUUGUGCAAAUCAGCAUAUCAUCAUCAUCACCAUCUAUACAGUCCACCACAUCAUCUCCUUAACAUCAUCAUCGUGUUUCUAUCAAAAACAAUCAGUAUGUCGGUGAAAAUCUAUUCGGAAGAAGAACUUUUGAAUGUUGAUGACGGUUUUGAUUAUAAUGAACCUCGGCCCACCGAUCCCCAAGCUGGAAUGUCGUCAGCUGCAGUGGAAGCAGCCCUUGUUGAGCCGAUCGCGGCUGUAAAAAUCUCAGAACGUGGGUCCGAAUCCGAUAAAGCGGAUUCAUCUGCGGCCCUCGCUGAACCGAUGCAAACCGAGUCCGAAUCCAUAGCAACGGAUUCAUCUGCGGCUCCGGUUCUUGAUUCACCCCCCAAAAAUGAUACAUUACAAACCGAGUCCGGAUCUUCGGGUCCAUCUGCGGCUCCGGUUGCCACACCUCAUUUGGAGGAGUCGGAAAAUAAUUUAAGGUCCGAAACCCAUAAGGUUUCAUCUGCGGCCUCACAUAAAUGUCGCCUUUGUGAUCGCAUGCACCCGCUGGAUAGAUGUAGUGACUUCCGGGUUAUGAAUGUUGACAUGCGACGUCGCAUUGUCCUAAAAUACAAUGACUGCAUACGGUGUUUAUCUAAAUCCCACCAAGCUAGGGACUGCCGAAGCAAAAGAAAAUGUGCCGUAUGCAAUGAAGAACACCACACCCUCCUUCAUGAAGAUUCGAAGACCGUGGUUAAACCCACUAAUAAUCGUCAGCGUCGUCCGCGGACCGAUAGGUAUCGGUCACGUAACAGUCCGUAUAGUCGUCCGUCUCCCCCCUCGCAGAUAGGAUUGGUCGGCUUGUUGUCCCUCCAAACAGGUAUCUGCCUAUCCCCGACUUUGAUAGUCAAAAUUAUGUCGUCCGAUCGACCCACUAUUGUGAGGGCGGUUUUGGACCCGUGUAGUAGGCAGAGUCAGAUAUGUUCCUCUUUGGUGCAUAAUCUUCGACUCCCUACUUCUAGAAUCGAAGGUAGCCAAAUAUGUCGGCUGACCGUUAGUUCGAUCUAUGACCGGAGUCAGUCCAUUUCAAUUGUGGCUGUGGUAACCAAUUUGGACCAUGCGCUUACGCCUACAGCGGUAAUCCCCGAGCGCAUUCGUGACUCAUUUUUAGGUCUUCCUUUGGCAGAUCCCGAUUUUAAUAGGCCUGGUCGGGUGGCCUUGGUACUCGGGCCGGAAGUUUAUGCCAGGGUCGUAACUCAUCGGGUGCAAGCGACGCCAGGGUUGCCGAUAGCCCACUACACCAUAUUUGGGUGGGUAUUGUCGGGCAUAUGUAACACAUAGUGUUACACAAUGUUUUUUGAAAAAAAAAAAA